AUGAGAAGUCACUUGGACCAAAACUCAAUGUUUAUCGUUUCAAAGUACUUUAAUAGUGAAAGUGAUUAUCUCAAUGUAAUUCAAGUCUCUUCAAAAUUUUCAACUAUUUUAAAUAAAUACACAAACAACCCAAUUUCAACUCAUAACAAAAAAUUGUUUCCAUCAAUGACUGUUCAGCAUAUACAUUCUGAAAGUGAUAUACUGCGCAUUGAUAUCAAGAAAAAGGUGAAUAGCACCGACUCAUUGUUCGUUGACAAGAAAACGUCACCAAGACGCCUAGCAACAUUUAUACUCAAAGAUCAUUCUAGUGUUAAACCGAAGCAAAAUGUUAUUUCUAAAAAUGUCCCAACAGAGCCAGAAAGUCGUGUCUCACUAUUUCAAUCAAACAACUUUAUAACUGGUCACUCGAAAAGAACAAAGUCAACACACAUAAUGGAAUAUGAGAGAAACGUGUUGUUGAAGAAAGACGAUUUGGUGAUACCCAAUAUGGAAACUACAGAGAAGUGUGGAUUACCAUUGGAAACAAAUUACAUUGACUUUGGAAUAAAUAGGAGCGAAAAUACAUUAAAAAAAUUUGUUCUAACCGGUGCAGUAACUAUACCACAAUAUUGUUUUGAAGAUAAAAUUGAGGCGACAUGUGUUUUUAUACCCACUUUUAUUACAGAAAUAGAGUGCUACGCGUUUAGUAAGUGUAAAAUGAAAACAAUGAAAAUAGCUGACAAUGUCAUUUCAAUAAAAAAUAACGCGUUUUCUAAUUGCUCUGAAUUACUCGAAAUAACACUACCAAAAAAAAUAAAAGAAAUUUCAAAUGGAUUAUUAGAUGGGUGUUUGAAAAUAACAAAAGUUAUUCUUCCAGACACCCCAACAUCAAUUGGAUCAUCUGCAUUUGCUAACUGCCACAAUUUGGAAAAUUUGAGUAUCCCACAAUCUGUUAUUAAAGUAAAAGAAAAUGCAUUUUCAAUGUGUAACAAAUUGAAAGAAUUGGUGUUUAAUGAAACGUGUGUGUUAACAAAAAUGACAUUUAACGGGUGCACUUCCCUCACCAAUUUAGUUGUUCCAACUUUAAAUGGAAAGGUGCGACAUUCUAUUGAUAAAGAGGAAGUUAAUGUAUUCAGUCCAUUUUAUCCAUAUAUAACACACGACGAUUCUUCUAUUAACAGUUUUAAAUUCACUGAAAACAGUGGUGAUCAUCACAAAAGUGUUUGCGAUCUGAAAGAUUUGAAGUAUCGAGUUGUUUUCUGCCAAGACGACGAAAAUGGGUUUGGGACUUUUGAUGAAUACGAAGGCAAAGAGGCACACAAAAUUAAGGUGGCGUAUAUUGGCGAAGAUACAACUCGAUUGGACCAACACAUGUUUUAUGGAAUGAGCAAUUUGGAGGAAGUGGUCUUAUCACCACUUUUUAAUGUAAUACCUAAAGACACUUUUAAGAACAUGCGAUGCUUAAGAAACGUUUUUAAGACUUUUAAUAUCACGAAAAUACAAAGUGGUUGUUUUGCUAAUUGUGUGCUGCUCCAAAAACUCGAUUUAAAAAAUUUGAUGAUUUUUGAAGAAAAUAGUAUUACUGGAUGUUCCUCUUUAACAUCAUUUGAACUUCCAAAUAUAAACAGAAAAAUUGCAUUUAAAGUGACUGCAAAAGAAGCCAAAAUUAUAGAAAAAUGUAAGUAUCAUAUAGUUACAAUCGUUGUAACACUUCCUGAAGAAGAAACAGAGUUAUUAGAGUUUAUUAAUGAAGAACACAUUAAUACGUGUACUAUAGAAAUUAGAGGCAAAUGCCCGAUCAUUGGGAAGAAAAACAUGAAAUAUAUCAUUCCAAAUAACGUAACAAAAAUAGGUAACAACUUUUUUGAUAAGGGAAUUAAAAAAAUAGACUUAGGAAAUGUUCGAGAAAUUGGAAAUUGUUGUUUUGGAGAAGAUGUUGAGGCAAUCACUUUGCCAUCAACGUUGACUCAUUUGGGCACAAACGUUUUUUCACUUUGCUCUAAACUAAAGUCCAUUAGUUGUAAUAACAAAAAAGGAUUUGACGCUUUUGUAACAAUAUCAGACAAAACUAUUCUUGAAAAGUUUGGUGUUAAAAUAGUGAAUGUCAUCCAAAUAGAUAACAAAGAAAAAGUCUCGUUUAAUGCAAGAAAAGACCACGAAAACGAUUCUUUUGACGAAUUUGAUACCUUCGCUGUGCCCGAUUUCUUCCAAAUUCUUGGGGAAAAGUGCUUCAGUGAUUUUCACUAUUUGAAAACAAUUGACUUGCCGCCAACAAUAACACAAAUUGAGUCGUUGUGUUUCAAAAAUUGUUAUUCCCUCGACACAAUUCGACUCCCAGUCAAUUUAAAAUCAAUUGGGCAUGAGGCAUUUUCAGAAUGUUCUUCGCUGACUUUGAUGUGCAUUCCUAAUGGAGUCACGUAUGUUGGCCACGAAGCCUUUUCUGGUUGUGUGUCGCUCAAAAAUGUGUUUGUUCCGAAGUGUGUGUACACUGAGCCGCGGGUGUUUCUUGGGUGUACAUCGCUUGUUUCUGUUGUCAUUUUAGAAAGUACGUGUGACAACGAAAUUUUCAAUUCGACGUAUGUGCAAUGCUCUAAUCUCAAAACUUUUGACAUUCCAAAGAACAUCACCAAAUUAGAGAGUUAUGGCUUUUGUGGGAUGGGAUCUCUUGAGAAGUUAAUAUUGCCUAAUGCUGUUAUUUCCAUCGGAAAUUUUUCAUUUUUAAAUUGCUCGUCGUUGUGUGAAAUUUGUAUUGGUAAGAACUUGGAGUGUAUUGGUGGACACGCCUUUGAAAAUUGUAUAAAUUUGAAUUCAAUUAGCAUUCCCGAAGCAGUCACCUUUAUCGGGAGUUAUGCGUUCAAAAAUUGUGUGAAUUUGACUUGUUUCAAGUGUGGCGAAAGCAUUCAAAACAUCUCAAAAAGUGCGUUCAGUGGGUGUUUGAAAUUGUCAACAUUUAUUGUAGGACAAGAGCAUUUGAGUCAAAUUUCGUUUCCAGUCAGUUAUGAAGUGUCGCAACUUUUGGAAACAAAAGAAACUCAUUUUAUUAAUGUUUUCUUCACAAGAAAAGAUGUGAAACCAUAUUUAAUAAUUACUAAUGAAGAUGGCAAACGAAAUGGACAAAUACCUCAAAGUGUAACACAUUUAGAUGAGUGUUGUUUCUUUGGGUAUAAAGAUGAUAAAUUGUCUGUGGAGAUUGGAAAGAAUAUCAAAUCAAUUGGGAGGUUUUGCUUCUCUAAUUCUAUCAAUGAAAAUAACAUUAAAAUAACAGAUAUUUCUUCUGUGGAAAUGGAAAUAGAUUCUUUCCAUUUUGUGGAAAAUUAUUAUACACAAGACCAACAACACACCCAAGAAGAAAAAACUUUAAAACAUUCAAAAAAUAACAAUUAG